AUGGACGACUACGUCAUUUAUUCGGAAAUCGCCCAAGCAGGCGCCAACGGCCUGGUGUACAAAGGCCGCAAAUCGUAUGUCAGCGCCCAGCGCGGCUCUCAAGCCGCCACCAAGGCCCAUGCCAGCCGCCGCUGCCGCUGGUCCCCCGCUAUUGUGCCUGUGCUCAAGUGGUGCAACGCCCAAACCGAGCAUUGGUUGGUCAUGGAUCUCUGCUCAGGCGGCGAUCUCGAAACCAUUCUGCAAGCCGAUGGGCCCCUGCCGACCGACCUGCUGCGUGAAGUGGCCGUUGAUAUCUGUGUGGCGCUGCAAGCCGCCCAUUGUGCUGGCCUUGUCGUCGGGGAUGUCCGGCCUAAAAAGUUUUUGCUGGAUGAUGGCCACUUGCGCCUUGGCUCCUUGAGUCGAGUCUUUAGCAUUGAUCCACCAGACGAAGGCGAAGAGAUUCCAGCGCUUGAUGGUGAUUCGGCCAAGCGUCUCAUUGAGAUGGUUCCCUUUGACGCCAUGCCCUACAUGGCACCUGAGGUGCGCAAAGGCCUUCAGCUCUCACCCAGCAGUGACAUGUAUGCACUGGGCUGCAUGCUCUUCGUCAUGGCCACGGGCCGUCAUCCCAACGCCGAUGACCUGACGAAUUUGACGUCGUCGAGGUUCUUUCGUGGCACCUUGCCACUGGUGCACCUGCCCGAGAUUGAGAGCCUGCAAACCACCAUCCAACCCCCCGCCACCCGUCCAAGCUCAGACGCACCUGGGCAGGAUUUGAUCAUGGGCGAUUCUUCCUUGCGCAGCUCAACCGCCACCGUUGUCAAUGAGGCCACUGACUCACUUGAUCAAACAUAUCAAACCGCUUCCUCGGCCAAGGGCCCCGUGUUUGAUUCCACCUCGCCAUCACCCUCAGCAGCGGAAACUCGUGCAUCCCACUCAAUUAUAGCCGACCAGUCAGCCCUGCGGCUCUCACACGAAGAAGGGGUGGGCCACAGUGAGCCGGACGAUCCUGGCAAUGACCUUGAAGACGAGGACGGCGACAGCUUGGAUCUCAAUCAAUCUCUGCGGCAUACGGACGAAAUCCCGCCCGAGGGUGUGCGGCUACAGAACGCCCCAAGGGGCGACUUUCCAACGUGGCGCAAAGUCAAGUGGGUCUUGCCAAACCCCAAACGGCCGACGCACCCGCCCUCCUCGGUGCUGAGCUUCCACAGAGGCUUGCUCAAGCGCUCGGAUGGCAUUCUGGACCAGCUACUCAAAGGCAACCUGUGGACGUAUCUCAGUGCUCUUAAUGAGGACGAUCCUAGCCUAGCCAGACUGGGGCAGGCCGGGGAAGAAGAACCCCCGCCCACGGACAGUGAUGCUUUAAAAGCUUAUCGACUGCGUGCAGCAGCUUCAUGCCUGCAGCAAAUCUGCACAUGGGCCCGGCAAACCACGCUUGCUCUUGCCUCCGUCUAUCGUGCCCUGGUUGGACGCAAGCACGCUUCAUCGCAGCAAGCCCGAGAGAUCAAAGAGCGGUUGACGGCCAUCACUGUGCUGCCCGUUGUGUUUGCCCACCCCUUGCUGCACGUGGAACUUGGGCACGCAGAUUUGUUGCCGGCCGUUGCCGAUUUAUUGGCUGGGGCGUUGGGCUUGGCACAAAUGCAAACAACUAUCGAGGGCAUUAGUUCUGCAGAUCUGUCGCAGCUCAUUCUACUACCGACCACGCUGCUGGAGACCCUCUUGCAGCAGGAACGCGUGGCUGAAUUGCUGCGUCAGCCCGAUGGUCGCCAGCUCCUACUCAACCUCUUGCUGCAGCUCUCCCAGUUUGCGUGUCUGCCCGCUCAUUCCGGUGCCUUUGGCUUGGCGGGGCUGCAAUUGUUGGCUGGCAUGUUGUUCGAGUAUGGUACUGCCUGGGAGCUGAAUGCAGAUCAAGCAGCCGAGGGUGCACAAAUGACGCCACUCCUGACCAACGCGCUGCAAGGUUUACAGCAGAGCAACCCGAUCCCAGCAAUCUGCAGCCGAAUCGCCAUUCAAUUGCUCGAGCUCUGGGGCACGGCAUUGUGGCCCAUGCUGGAGGCUACGCAUGCUGUCGAACAGGUGGUUAUGGCUUUCCAAACAGGUGUUACGCAGGCGAUUGAGGAAGCCAAGGCCACGUCAGCCAAUGACCCCGCCCUCUUUGACAAGGCGCUCCAGGCUGCGCUCCAGGCUGCGAUCCUGGACGCUAACGUGGAUAGCGUGCCCACCGCCACGCUGUGCGCCAUGGUGGUCCGACGCAACGGUAGCCGACUUGCACAACUCAGUCAUGUCACUCGCCUGCCCUGGCGGGUGGCAGCAAGCCUUCACGCCAUCGCCAAGGUAUUGGCUGCGCUGCUGGCUGGUGCACAUGUCCCCGGGCUACGCCAACGCCUCGUUCUCACCUUUGUCACCUGUUCUGUCCUUGACCGCCUUCAUCGCAUUCUCCCCUCGCCGUAG